AUGCCACCCAAAAGAAAACAACCUUUCUUAUCUGCCCUUCAGUAUGGCCGUAAAAACCCUCGUCUGAAUCCUCGUUUUCAGAAAAAAGACGAAAAAGAGUUAGAUUUUCCGACCGACCUUUCCGACCCCUCGAGUCUCCCCCCACAAGCAAUUGAGCUGGUUCGCAAAGUAGUUGAGGAGAAGAUAGAACAUGGAAAAAAAUUGGUUUUUCGCGGCCUGAAGAAAGCUAAGGGUUUCGAAAAACAGAAACUUGUGAAACGACUAAAGAUUGCUAGGGAAAAGAAUGAAGACGCAACUGUUAAGAAACUUGAGCUGGAGUUCGAAGUUCUAAAGACGGAAGAAAUCGACCUUAACUCUCUCGCCUCAAAUCAUAUCUUAAAAACAUUUUCAAAAUACAAGCCUAUAUCAACAUCUCCUUUGUUCCCUCCCUGGCUCGCACCACGGAAGGAAUUAGAAGCUCAGCUGAACGAUAAAGAAAUAGCGAAAAGGAAUAUAAUUGCAAGAUUAUACAACUCAAACGCUGUCAAAGAAGCAAUGGCAAUGGUGGUUGGAAAUGUCAAGUCGGCGAUAGGCAUAAGCGAGGGUGGUAUUAAGGGGAAGGGGAAGGUAACUGAAACAGAAACAAAUGUGGGAUCCGAGUCUGAAGAAGGUAGUGGGGAGACUGUUGAGACAGUUCGUCUUGUAAAGAGGAUGAAAAUCGACAAUAAAUCUACUGCCGAAGAGGAAAGCGAGAGUGAGGACGAGGAAGAAGAGUGGGGUGGGAUUUUGAACUCUGAAGAAUCAGUAGAUGCAGAAAUAGAUUUGGAUGCCUUUGCUGCCGAUUUCAUGGAUAGGGUGGCAGGAUCAUCAGACGAAGAUGAGGAUCAAGGCCCAUUACAACGGGGUACAGAUGAUGAAUGGUCUGGCGAAGAUGACGAAGAUGACGAAGAAGACGAAGAAGACGACGAGGAAUAUCAGGGGGUACGAGCUCAGCACGCUAAACCAACCACUUCCAAAUCGAAAUCCGAAUCCAAACCAAACCCAGACCCACAUAAUCAAACGCAAGAGGCCACCAAUUUAAAGGUCAAGAAAUCCGAAAAGCUGAAGCCUGUUGACUCGGUAAAGUCAACGUUUCUCCCUACCCUCAUGUCCGGUUACAUUUCUGGCUCUGAUUCCGAUAUUGACGCCGACUAUUACAAAGAUAAAAACGGAAAGAAGAAGGGGCCGGCACAGCCGAAAGAGCGGAAGAACCGGAUGGGUCAGCAAGCUAGAAGAGCCUUGUGGGAGAAGAAGUUUGGGCAAGGGGCGAAUCAUGUCAAAAAAGGAGAGGAAGAGAAAGGUAGGAAAAAAAUCGAACAAAGGAUCAAACAAGGAAGAGGGGAGGACGGAAGGAAGGAGGGGAGUACUGCAGAGAAGAAAGGGAAACCCACAGAAGUUGAAGGGCCCUUACAUCCAAGUUGGGAGGCUGCCAGGAAAGCGAAGGAACAACAGGCAAAGGUACAAGAAGCAGUCAAGGGGAAACCAAUGGGAAAGAAGAUCGUGUUUGACUGA